UCAGCCUGUCAGCAACUUCAUUUUCAUCCGCGCAGAAAGUCAGUUUCUCAAAGGAAAAGCACAACAGGACCUGCCGUGUCUACUUGCAGAAAUGCCGAAAAAAUUCCCCAAAAUCGACCUAAGUCCAGUGGAUGAGGAGACGGAGUGUCAGGCAGAGAAAGAGUAUGAAUCUGCCCUAAAAGAAGAGGAUGAUGGCUCGUCCAUGUACGCGGUGUCUGCUGACUGCCCCAUCGAAAUCCAGCAUGCCAUGGAGGAGGAGAUGUUCAAGGAGAUGGCUGAGGAGCAGUCGGAGCAAGGUUGCAAAAGGAGGAAGAACCACAAAAAGAUUCGCUCUCACACAGUGUCGCAGCAGUGCCAAGAAAAAGCAGAAUGGGCUGCAACAGAUGUGGAUCAGAUGUCUUCCACCUCCAGCUCCUUGUCCAGUGGGACUGAUGGUCGUCCAGAUUACCAGAGAGUGACCAUCAGUGGUGACUAUUGUGCUGGGAUCACAGUUGAUGAUUAUGAGCAUGCUGCGAAUGGUUUGUACAAAGCUCUGCUGCUUCGUGAAAAAUACUCCAAACUAGCGUACCACAAUUUCAGCGUAACCACCUCCCAGUACCUGCGCAGGGCUGAAAAACAAAAAUGGAUCAGUGAUGAUAUUUUACCAGAUAUCCCCCCUUUCCCAGGUCCUGAUGAGGAUCCAUACAGCUUGGAGGGGAUACCAGAGAAUCUAAAAUAUGAACUGAGUAUGAGGGACGGAUUAGUGUAUGUGUUUGAUGAUAAGGAUGCGCUUCAGGAGAACCAGCCUCGCGACCUCCCUUACCCCGACCUGAGGACGUUUGCCAUCGAUGUGCGUCAUGUGCUGGCGAUGAUCGCAGAUGGACCCACGAAAACAUACUGUCAUAAGCGACUGAACUUUUUAAGCUCCAAAUUUCACUUGCACGAGAUGCUAAAUGAAGUCGAGGAGCUGAAGGAGCUGAAAGGCGUUCCUCACCGAGACUUCUACAAUGUCAGAAAGGUGGAUACACACAUCCAUGCGGCCGCCUGCAUGUCUCAGAAGCAUCUUCUCAACUUCAUCCAGAAAACGUAUAAGAAGGAAGCAGACCGUGUGGUGCUGGAGAAGGACGGGGAAAAAAUAACUCUCCGAGAGAUCUUUGACACUCUCAAGAUGGAUCCCCAUGACUUGACAGUGGACACGCUGGAUGUGCAUGCUGGGAGGCAAACAUUUCACCGCUUCGACAAGUUCAAUUCGAAGUACAGUCCAGUUGGAGCCAAUGAACUUCGAGAAAUCUUCCUGAAGACGGACAAUCUCCUGAAAGGAGAGUAUUUUGCUCGCUUGGUUAAGGAAGUGGCCCGAGACCUGGAGGAGAGUAAAUACCAGCACGCAGAGCCACGCUUGUCAAUUUAUGGACGCUCUCCGGAUGAGUGGGAGAGUCUGGCUAAGUGGUUCAUUAACAAUGACUUACAUUCCCCGAACCUGAGAUGGAUGAUCCAGGUGCCAAGGCUAUAUGACAUCUUCAAGGCAAAGGAAGUGGUUCCAAAUUUUGCCAAGAUGCUGGAGAACAUAUUUCUCCCACUGUUCGAGGCCACUGUGAGACCGCAAGAUAACAAGGAACUGCACAGCUUUCUCAAAUUUGUCUCAGGAUUUGACUCCGUGGACGACGAGUCCAAGCACAGCAGUCACAUGUUCUCUGUCCGGAGCCCAAAGCCAGAGCAGUGGACUUUCAAAGACAACCCGCCGUACAAUUACUACAUAUUCUACUUGUACGCAAACAUCAUGUUGCUCAACAAUCUGAGAAAGGAGCGUGGGAUGGGCACCUUCCAGUUCAGGCCACACUCUGGAGAAGCCGGGUCAAUCACUCAUUUGAUCUCAGCCUUCCUGGCUGCUGACAACAUCUCUCAUGGACUCAACCUGAAGAAGAGUCCAGUCCUUCAGUACCUGUACUAUCUGGCCCAGGUGCCCAUUGCGAUGUCUCCUCUCAGUAACAACAGCCUGUUUCUGGAAUACUCCAAAAACCCCUUCAGGGAGUUCUUCCAGAAGGGCCUGUGUGUGUCCUUGUCCACUGAUGACCCCAUGCAGUUCCACUACACCAAGGAACCUCUGAUGGAGGAGUAUGCUAUUGCGGCGCAACUGUGGAAGCUCAGCACCUGUGACGUGUGUGAAAUAGCACGAAACAGCGUUCUUCAAAGUGGAAUGUCUCAUCAGGAAAAAAGCAAUUUCUUAGGUGUAAAUUACCUGAAAGAUGGACCUGAGGGCAACGACAUCCAUCGCACCAACGUGGCCCAGAUCCGACUGGCGUACAGAUAUGAAACCCUCUGUAAUGAGCUGAGCUUCAUUGUAGAUGCUGUGAGCUCACAACAGGACAUGUCUUAGAUCUGCUUUAAAACCCUGCUUCAGCCUCCUGUGGUGUCCAUGAAUGCACCACGUUCCAGAUAUAUGAUAGGUACUAGUACUGUAAGAUUAGAUUAGGUUAGAUUAGAUUAGACUACAAUAGAAUAGAAUAGUAGGGUGCCUUUAUUCUGCAUACAGUGGGGAAAGUUUCGUUGUUACACAGUUAAAAUGUACAAAUGAACAGCGAUAUGAUAGGAAGUGUCAAGACGAUUUCACCGUUGAUAUUUUGCCAGAAUAUACAUUACACCACACCAAUGCUCUUAAUCCCAGUCAAAUAAAGCAUUUGUCAUUGCUCCUGUCAAGGCUCUUUACUAUUGUCAAGUAAUCCCGUACGUACCACCACUGUCCCUUAAACUGAGGCCUGGCCAUUAAAAUUCACCUAAUCCUUGUACAAUUCACUACACUGAUUUUAAAGUGGGUAAAAAAAUAGAUCUUUGCUUGAAAAAAUGGCUGAAAUUGCAGCAAAAAUGCCAUUUUUCUUUCAAAUAAAAUAAUGCGACUCAAGUGUCCUUUCAUUUGUUUUUCAUAUAUGAGUCAGGUAACUCUGGAAGUUGUGAUCAACGUAGUACAUUGAUGCAUCCCUGAAUACAAGUUUAGUUAGUACUAUGACUUUCUGCUGUUGUUGCAGUACAUUAUGGGAAAGUACGAUUGUAGUGCGAUUGACAGUCGUCAUUACAACAUGAUGCUGUGCUGUGUGAGUUAUCAAGAAAUUCAUUGUUGUGAUGGAGGAUGUGAGCAGAACAAACAUCACAGUUAACACUGAACAAGUCUUCAUCUUUAUUUUUCCAGUUAGAAUUAAACAGAAACAGCCAUCGGCAACAUGUCAGCGCAAUGUUUGCAUAUUAAAAAUGAUUGCUGAGUGAAAUAUACAUUUUUACAUUGUAAAUAUAUUUGAAUCAUUUGGACAAUAUGUUCUUAUGUGCAAUUAAUGAAAAUGUGCCUUGUUUAUAACUCACUGAA